AUGUUGUUUGGAGCUGGUUUGACAGUUGGAUUUUCCAAUCUCUUCUGUGGAGUUUGUGUUGGAAUUGUUGGAAGGUACAGUGAAACCCCAUUAAUGCGACCACUGUUAGGCCAUAAAAUCAUGGUCAUAAUAACGAGAUGGUCAUACUAAAAGGGAUCUUCAGGACUGUCACUAAGAUUUCAAGUUGCCGGUAAAUACAAAGUAGGUGGGGGAAGCAAACAGUUAUGGAUUUCUUGUGGUUUCAUUUUUAUUUCUUUUCCUAUGAAAGAAUCAGGGGGACAUGUCCCCCCAGCUCUUAAUGACAACCCUGAUCUUCAAAAAAAAUGACCAGUAUUUCUCUUGUGGUUCAAAAAUUGUGAUUGUGAUAACGAGGUGGUCGAUUAACAGGACGGUCGUAAAGGCGGGGUUCCACUGUCUUACAGUGUCUUGAUUAUGCUGUGCUCAGAAUGUAAACAAGCUGCAUUGCUUUUAUAGUUUUCAGUGUACUUACAGAAGCCUUUAGGGCAUAACAAAAAAGUGCUGUUUGUAGCAUAAUGAUGGACAUAUUUUGCCAGUAUAUUUUUCUGAGAAAUUGCCCAAGAGGGACGCUUUACCUGCUGUUUUAGAGAAACUAACAGAGAGAAGCUGGGAAAGCCAAACAUAGCGAUUCUCAGUGCACUAUAUUAAAAGCAUCACCUUAUCAGGGGACUUUAAAAGAUUAUAGUAUUUUUACAGAAAAAAUUACAGUAGUAGUUUGUAGGGUCAACUCAGUAGUUAAAUCUUAUAACACAUCAGUCUUGACUUGUCUUGAAUCGUGAUUACAUUUUCAUUUGACCUACUUACAGCUGUGUGUAAUUUUCUUUUCUUGUGAUGUCAGAUGAAUGUUAAUAUCAGUUAGAUAACUCCAUUAAAAAGCUUGUUCUUAUUCUCUUUGAUUUCAGUGGUGCUGCACUUGCAGAUGCUCAGAAUUCAUCCUUAUUUGUUAAGGUAAUCAUUUUUUAGUGUCGUGCACAGUUACUCUGCCAAUGCUCCAACCAGUCAGUUCUCAAAAUUCAUCAUCCUCCCAGGCCAUCAUUAAUUUUGUUUCGUUUUACUUUGUCAUACAGUCAAACCUGUAUAUAACGGCCUUCUAUAUAGCGGUUGCCCUGUAUAUUCAGGCACCGGACAACUUCCCAAAAUUUUCAGUUGCCUAAUAUUUCCUGCAAAGUUGACCUGUAUAUAAGGGUCACCUUGCCAUUUUCCAAGGGUGUAUACAGACUGUAUUCAGGUGAACCUCCCUUAAAAAUAAUAUAAUAAUAAAACUGUCAGGCCAAAAUGUGGUCGCGGUCGCUUACCAGUGGUGGUCGUUUACUUUCGGAUCUAAUAGGCUUUGAUGGAGAAAGUUUUGAUGUUUUAGGGAGGUGGACGCACAUAGAAGUAUAAUGUUUGCGUCUGUGUGAUGUCUACCAAACCAGUGUAGUCAUAUCAUUGCAAAAGUCUUUCAGUGAGCAAGCUCGCAAAAUCUAUGAAACAUUUUCUCAUAAUGUCACGUCAGCCAUAUUGGUGUUCCUAAACAAUGAAACAGCAGCCAUGUUGGUGUUCCAAACGAGUCCUUCUCAUGGGAGGUUAACCUUUUUCCUGUAUAAAAGCUUUCUUUUGUUCCAAUAAAUUUGCAUAGCUAGUGGCCGUUUGAAUGAAAAUGCUCUGUAAUGUCAGAGGGUAACAGUGCAUUGCUGUUAGCAGAUGUUGACUGCUACUUUGUUGUCUCGUUACAUAAACACCCAUGAAAUAUCAGGUGACCUUUCAUGCAAAGAGAUGUACAUGUACUGCAUCUUCACAUAGAAAAAAUCACUAUUUCUCUGCUAACAUGAUAAAUUGUGCUUUUUACACUAAAAAUAUAUUUAGAUGAAAUUGUUCGGUAUUUUAUUGGUGUUUUCUGUUAAACAAUUUCACUACCUUGUUGAACUCAUUCAUAAAAAUACCGUAAAAUUCCCAAAAUAAGCCCCUCCAUGUAUAAGCCCCUCCAAAUAUAAGCCCCCCAAAAUCAUGAUGCGAAAAACCCUCCGUUAAAUCGCCCCUCCGAAUAUAAGCCCCCGAGGGGGGGGGCUUGUACUUGGAAUUUGCCAUCGAAUACAAAGAAAAACAAAGCAAAAAUAGUAAAUUUCCUCCCCUUUACAAGCUGGCCCAAUCGAUUCUGAAACGCAAAUUUCCCUCUGUAGAUAAGCCCCUCCGAAUAUAGGCCCCUCCAAAAAUAAGCCCCUCAAAAAGGGCCUUUGAAAAAUAUAAUCCCCGGGGGUUAUUUUCGGAAUUUUACGGUAUUUUUCAACACUCAAAGAGAAAUUUCAUAUCCCUUUGCGGCCAUAUAAUAUCCCCCAUUUAAUAAACAAUUGAUAUUGGACAUUGGCUAAAAGACUUGUUUUGUAUCGGUUGAAGGUUUUGAUCAUUGAGAUCUUUGGUAGUGCCAUUGGGUUAUUUGGCGUCAUCAUAGCCAUCAUACAGGUGUGUAGAAUCCCUUUGUAA